CACUUCAAGACUGAUAGUAAGAGUUGGAGCAUCAGUGCUGGUUUCGCUGCAGUGGAGUGAGGGGAGGGGAGCGGACGAGAUUGGUCAGCAGUUUGAGUGACUCAGCGCUUCUCCUUCCACAUACCCCCCCACCCCCAACCACCCCCACUGCUGCAGUAUAAAGUCUGCUGUCCGUCCUCAGCCACCACCCUCUGGACAACUUUUGCCUGGACUCACACCAAGCGAAAAGGUGAAAAGAAACGUUGACAAUGACGGACCUGGAGACCUCGAUGGGCGCCAUCAUCGCCGUGUUUCAGAAGUAUUCAGAGAGAGAAGGCGACAAACACAAGCUGAAGAAGAGCGAGCUGAAGGACCUGCUUCAGGACGAGCUGCCGGAACUGAUGGAGCAUGUGAAAGACCAGGAGGCGCUCGAUAAACUAAUGGAGGGCCUGGACACGGACGGCGACUCCGAGUGCGACUUCCAGGAAUUCAUGACAUUCGUCUCCAUGGUUACCGUCUUUUGCCACGAGUUUUUCCAGCAAGAGGACGACUGAAGGAGGAGAAGGCGACCGCCGGAGACAAAGGAGGGGAGCUACAGUAAAUUAUAAAAGAAGGAAAAAGCCUGUAGGUGCCCUGAGAGCAGUGCAGUGUGGGGAAAAACACAACUUCCAGCCAGCAGCCAAAACUUUAUCGGUGCCGUUGGCAAUAAGGCCCAUAUCAUAUAUAAUCUACCUUGUUCUCUUUUAGUCUAAAUACAUACAUGGCUUGUAAAGUCUCCAAAACAGCUUCAGGCUCUGAAGUAUGUCACAAAACUAGCCCCUGAUUUCUAAAAGUAGUUUCAUUUACAAACAUUUUUGAACGACAGACGCCAGCUGGCUGCAGAAAUUGCAACAAGGCCUCCAAAAAUACGACCAUGUUCGUGGUUUAUUCCUCAAAAGCCAAGCAUCUUUUAGUUUAUUAUAUCAUGUCUCAGACAGUCUUCUCACUUACAGUUUGGUCGACAUUAAACCCCCAAA